CUGGUUGCUACUUUAGUGUUAGCUCACGAUGAUUUCCCACUCGUGGUUUUGGCUGCAGACAUUAUUCGUUUUCUCCACACACAGUCUUGGCGAUGCAUGGGCAGUGAAUAACUUUCUAAUGACCGGGUCCAAGGCGUCCUCAUAUCUGACCUAUGCCAGAAGCGUGCAGGUGGGCGCGCAGAGCGGGAUAGAAGAGUGCAAACACCAGUUCGCGUUGGACAGGUGGAACUGUCCGGAGAGCGCGCUCCAACUUAAAGGAUUGCGGAGCGCCACGAGAGAGACCUCCUUCGUGCACGCAAUAAGCGCAGCAGGUGUCAUGUACACUCUGACUCGGAAUUGUAGUCUUGGGGACUUGGACAACUGUGGCUGUGACACCUCGAGGAAUGGCAACAUGGGGGGCCGCGGAUGGAUAUGGGGAGGCUGCAGUGACAAUGGAGAAUUUGGAGAGAGGAUUUCCAAACAGUACGUAGACGCUCUCGAGACAGGGCAGGAUUCACGCGCUGCUGUUAACCUUCACAACAAUGAGGCCGGACGAUUGGCGGUGAAGGCAACUAUGAAGCGCAUCUGUAGGUGCCAUGGCAUGUCUGAGAGCUGCAGCAUCCAAACCUGCUGGAUGCAGCUGUCUGACUUCAGAGACAUCGGCAACUACCUGAAGGUCAAGCAUGACCAGGCGCAGAAACUCGAGAUGGACAAGAGGCGGGUCAAAGCUGGGAACAGUGCUGACAACCGAGGGGCCUUAGCGGGCGCAUUCAACAACAUUGCACCGACUGAGCUAAUCUACCAGGAAGACUCUCCAGACUACUGCGGGAGGAACGCCAGUCUGGGACUACAUGGCACUGAGGGGCGGGAGUGUCUGCAGCACGGAGAAGGCCUGACCCAGUGGGAGAGACGCAGCUGCCGCAGACUGUGCCACGAAUGCGGCCUGAGAGUGGAGGAGAGACGCAUCGAGGUGGUCAGCAGCUGUAACUGUAAAUUUCACUGGUGCUGCACGGUGAAGUGUGAAAACUGCUCCCAGGUGAUUGUAAAACAUGUGUGCGCCCGAAGAGAAAAUGGUAACGGACAUGGACAUUUCAGACGGAAAAACCGCGGGCACAGAUCUAAGUAAAUUAGAAGAAACUGUGCAAUUGUUUGCCUAUAGGGACUUGUAGGUCUGGAAACAAAAUAUAGAAAACGUCGAACUAUACUUCCUGUUUUGAUGUUGUUCUUUCUCGCACUUUAAUCUAUUAUCACGUUUCACCCUAUAUCACAAUUUCUCACCGUUGAGUAGGCUACCUAUACUUUUGUAAAUGUUUUAUGUAUUUAUGGAAUCGCAAU